AUAUUUAUUCUUCCUUGUUUAAAAUUCAUUUUGUGAUAUAAGGGACAGAAAGAGUCAACAAUUCUAAUGUUUUUUAUCUUUUUAUCCAGAUUUUAAUAAAGUGUAAGAAGCAUGGCUGAACGUACCUUCCUUUUUAUUUGUGGAAUGAUUCUGACAGUCAGUUGCAAAACCUUUACGAAGUGCGGACUAGCAAAAGAAUUAGCUAGACUUGGAACAUUAGAGAGUGAUAUUGAUGAUUAUGUGUGUAUGGCAGAACAUGAGUCGGGCUUUAGAACUGACAUUAUUGGUAGAGAGAACCCUGAUAAAUUUAGAUCUCGUGAUCAUGGCAUUUUCCAGAUAAACGACCAUUGGAACUGUGAUCCACAAAAUGGAAAAACUACCAGAAAUGGUUGUCAUUCGUAUUGUUCCAAUUUCAGAAAUGCCGAUAUAUCUGAUGAUCUUACUUGCGUUCAACAGCUGAAAAGAGAAAAUCGUGGAUUUAAAUUUUCGAAAGCAUGGGAAAAGCACUGUCAGCAAAUACCUUCUGAUUAUCUCAGGGAAUGUCAACAUAAAGAACUGUGAAGCAUGUCACUCAUUGUUUUAAUGUGGUCAUCAAGUGUAAUUUACAAGAAUUUGAAUUUUGAAAUUUACAAGAAUAUUUGAAAGAUUUAUCCAUGUAAAAUUCUAAUGAAAUAAAUCUAAAAUUCCAUUGGAACUC